AUGAAUGAUUCUAGACAGCAGUCACUGUUCUUCAUCACGCUUCCGGAUUUACACAAACUCUGUGCAGUCAGAAUAAUAUUGAGUAAUGGGUUGUCAGAUACUGAGAUUAGGAGUACACAAAUGAAGAUGUGCAGGCAAUUGCUGUUUUUGCAUCAAGAUAUUCUUACGUCACCUGUGCCUGGAAUAUUAAAUCAAAUUUGGGUGGUGAUGGCGAUGGAGGCUCCACAAAGAGUAAUUCCAAUAAUUCUUCAAAACUGCCUUUCAUAUUCAUUCAUGGCUAGACUUGCUCCAGCCUGGAAUAGAACUGGCCAUCUCUUGGUACAAGGUAACUUUAUCUCAUUCAUAUUAGACAUCAAUGUAACAGAAACUCAAGUUUGUCUAAGCAUAGAAGCUUGCACAAUCAGACUGCCACCACCUGAGUCUUACCAAAUGCUGUGGAAAUUCAGAGAAGGAUCAGACACUGGAUAUGGAGGAGAUGGUUCUAGAUCCAGAUACCCUCUCAGCUGCAUCAGAAGUCAGCCCAUACAGUUCUUUCCAAGGGUAGAUUUGGAAGGUGUGUUGAAAAGUUUCCUUUCAGAUUUAAAAUCUAAACUGCCCCAUAUAUGUGGAUUCCCCGUAAAGAUGACAAAUAAACCGUGCUACUACACACAAGAACUAACUAAACCUCACAUACAGGAAAACAAAGUCAAGCCACCCAAUUUGACCACUAAAAGAAUGUUCAGGAUAUCUCUGACUCAAGCCGGUUCCAUAAAACCUACUUUGGCUCAAAGUCUUCUACCAUGUUCAGUAGCAGCAGGCCACAGGGAGGAGCUUUCGGUCAGUCAGCCCAAGUCAGGCAUUUUCUCAGCUCUGUCUCUCCAGCCAGAGUCUGUUCAGGACAGAAAGAAAUCCCUGUCUAACAAGGUACCACAAGUACAUUUGGAAGCAGUAAAGCCCGACAGAGAAAAUACUCAAGUUCAACAUACAAAUCUUAGCUCCCAAAAUAACAUCACCCCUAAAUUCAUACCAGUUUUCAAAAAAAGAUUAUUACAGAUGAAUGAAAAUAUCUCAGCACUUGGCAACCUGAAAAGAAAACAGCAUGUUGUUACAGAAUCUAAAUUGUUUUCACUUAAAACUAGUAUGAUCCAGGAUGACAAACUGAAUUUAGCUCCAGCUGUAAAAAAAAGAUCUAAUAGUAACAUUCAGAUGCAUGCUAAAAAUUUAAAUCAGAAGAGUUCCAGACUUCUGCAAGAAAAAAAUGCUGAGUUCUGUGAAGAUAUGACAAAAUUUCCCUCUUCUAAUGGAAAAUCAACUGUGAGUUUAAAUGAAAGUAAACAGCUAUCUAAUAGUGCAGUAUUUCAUAUGAAAAAUAAUUUAGGGGUGAUAAAAAGUACUGUUGACUUCCAAGUGAAUGGAAAAGAGAAUUUAACAAGCAAAUGCAUAACACAAAUUUUAGGGAGGGGCCAUGAGUCACUAAAACUGGAAAGAAAACCACACAUUUUUGAAUCAGAUGCAGAAACAGAAUAUCCCCAAGUGCUACAGCAGCAAUCAGCAAAUCAAGCUAAAGAAGUUGAUGUAAGUGAUCCCAGGUUGAUAGUAAACAGAACAGCCCACAGGUCUAAAAGGAAAUCAUGUCCGGAGUCUUCAAAAACUUCAAAGAAAUGUCAUCCCAAUACGGUCCAUGAUGCGCAGUCCGGUUCUUCUAGGAACCAGACCCCUGUGAGGUUUGGGGGCGUUGGACCCUACUCGAUAAAGCAAAAACAAGAAAAGGGGCUCAAAGGAGUCUGCGUUUCCAUCAAGGUUAAGCCCAACCAGCAGUCCGGGUGUGGGGCUGCAGCCCGAGACCCGUGUCCCCUCAGCAUGUCCCGCUGUGGCCCAGACCCCAAGCCGGCGGAGCCAGGAGAGGACGGGAAGCUGGCUUCUGGGUUAUCCGUGUCAUAG